UUGUCCAGCAUGUUGGAUUCACUGUCGUCCAGGAGGGCGGGGCCCAGCGGACGUUCUGGCGCAGAAUCAAACGGUGUGUCUUGCGGUGAUAUCAGGGCAUCUGCCUCAGUCAGUCUUGUCUCUUCUACUUUUAUUCUCUUGUGGCUGCCCUCUCCUUCUCCCUUGUAUGGUUCAAAAGGAUACGUACAGCCAAAAGGCCCUGGUGGAGGGGUUGAAGAACCCUUCAUAUGAUGGGCGGACUCAGAGCCCCAGCUCCAUGCUACACGCGAGUCCACUGCCCAGGUGUGAGGAGUUCGAGUUUGGGUUGGCAGAGAAGAGAGACCGCCUGAACGGCGACACCGUCUCAGUCAUGCAAGAAACCAUUUAAUGUGGCCAGGAUUGGGAUAUGCUGGAGUAUGUCAACUGUGUAUCGUAACGAGGGCGUCUUUUCCAAACCCCCCGUCAGCAGAAGUAUAACUAUAACAACCGGUACACUCCAGGAACAGGAACCAGAAAAAAUCCGUCGAAAGCCAGCGUCGAGUGGUCCGUCAGGUAAUCACCAGGAACUCCAGCGAAGAGAGAGAGAGAAAGAGAGUCAGCAAGGUCGAGUCAACCUGUCAUUCCAGGACGUCGUGCAGUCAGACAGGCAAGCAAGCAAGCAGAUAAUAGUAGUCGUAGAAUCGAACAAAAGUGUGGAGGAAGCAAGCCACCCUUUAUCUUCUAUCACAUGCGACUCGCAAAGCCAAAAAAAGAAAAGGAAAAAAAGGCGUGCGGGCCGUGUGAUCGCUGGCUGAGGUAAGCGGAGUUGGACCAAUAGAAAAAGGGCGGAAGAAAGUCGUGCCGACUUCGAUAUGGGCGACCGGAUGGAACCUUGAUGACAGCGAGGACGAAAGAUGAAAGAAGAAGAGGGUGCAAGGGAGAGGCAGAUGAGAGUGAUAAAGAAAGAGUUGAGGGCUGUUAAGAUACCGACACUGCGUUCACCGGGCUGGCCUCCCGAUCUCUGAUGGAGUGAGCGACCCCUAGAGGCCGACCCUUCUUAUACGUAUAUUUGGAAGUAUAGACUUCUGGUUUGCCCCAGUUGUCUAGCGCUGAGGCUAUUGCGAGCUAGCUUUCCAGAAGUGUAGAAGACUCCGUCACUUUAAAAAAAGUGGACAAGACGGCCAAAAACAAAAAAACAGGGUCUCAACUAUGGCGUCUGGCUCGUCGCAUGGCGGUAUUUCCUCAUCCAUCAAGG